AGAGAUGUUCCAGACUGCAUAAUACAUCCCGUAUCCUCAAUCUUGUCGGAGGGUGAGGACAGAGUUUUCGUGCCUGAUCCCAAUUUAAAGGGAGGCUUUUAUCAUAACUGUGUGUGUGGGAAAUGACACCUGUAAACUUAAAAGCGUGAACGCACAAGUAGUAAAGCUAUCGUCAGACAGGAAGCAUGAAUUAAGGUUACCUUAGUUCACAUGGUGACUGAUGCUACUGCUGCAGUGAUAAACGACAGACUUCAGUAUUUAUAGAAGUGAUUAGGUCAUCCUCCCAAGCUUCUGCUUUGACACAGUUAUAAUACAGCCUGGAUUUGACAGAGAUUGUUGUUAUUGUACAGUGUCACAAACAACAGUAUGGUUCUCUCGGAGGACAGCAACCUGUCGCCAGCAUCAGCUGGAGACUAUGAUUCAGGCUUCUCUGCACCUAAUUGUGUCGAUUUUUAGCUUACCAGUCAACUGCUGUCAAAUUACCAGACUCUCAUCCUGUCAUAAUGGUGACACACAGACAAACUAAAUAUGUUGUGCAAUAUACUCUGUAACCAGAAAACUUUAAUUUUUAUAUGAAAAUUCAUUUUUUAUGAAAUUUUGAUUGAUUGAAAACUGAAGUGUGUUCACACCACUUAGUGUUUACAUGUGAUUAUGUCACUGGAUUCUCGUAACUGCAUCCUUGCUUUUAUGCGAGAACUUCUCUGUGCAAAGGGAAUGAUGGACAAAAAUUAAGGUGGAUGGUCCUGAAAAGAGUGGAAAUUACCAUGGAUACGGGUGCGUUGGAUGAUCGUUUAGUUUUGACUAGGAGUCAUUGGUUGAAGCAGGAGCAAGAAUAUUACACCCAGGCCAUACGACUAAAACGUCAGCUGUCGAAGGCUCGCCAUGCUGGAGAGGCAGGGCUGCUUUACCAUAGGAUAGCUGGCACUGACCAGUUAGACAUCAUGGCCGACCUUCAGCAACAGGAGGUGGUGGCCAUGCAGAACCGCAUUCCCGUCUCCUUCCGUGAACCCAGUACGGCACCACUCCGUAAACUCAGCGUCGAUCUCAUCAAGACAUACAAACAUAUAAAUGAGGUGUACUAUGCAAAAAAGAAGAGGAAAGUGGCCCAGGGUCAAGGAGACGAGAGUAGCCAUAAAAAGGGCAAGGUCAACGUUUACAACGACGGUUACGAUGACCCCAACCACGAUUACAUUGUCAAUCCCGGCGAAAAAUGGCUGGAACGUUACGAAAUCGAUUCCCUCAUUGGCAAAGGUUCAUUUGGUCAGGUUGUGAAGGCUUAUGAUCACGGUGACCAAGAACAUGUAGCCAUCAAAAUCAUUAAAAACAAAAAGCCAUUCCUUAACCAGGCCCAGAUAGAAGUCAAGCUUCUGGAGCUAAUGAAUAAACAUGACAAAGAAAACAAGUAUUAUAUAGUCAAACUCAAGAGACAUUUUAUGUUCCGAAAUCAUUUGUGUCUAGUGUUUGAACUAUUAUCGUAUAAUCUGUAUGACCUUCUGCGGAACACAAACUUUAGGGGCGUGUCUCUAAAUCUGACUCGCAAGUUUGCUCAACAGCUGUGCACAGCUCUGUUGUUCCUGGCAACCCCUGAACUCAACAUCAUUCACUGUGAUCUUAAACCAGAAAAUAUAUUACUGUGUAAUCCUAAACGAAGUGCAAUCAAGAUUGUGGACUUUGGGAGUUCAUGCCAGCUCGGACAACGAAUCUACCAGUACAUACAGAGUCGGUUUUACCGGUCCCCCGAGGUGUUACUAGGCAUUCCCUAUGACCUGGCUAUAGACAUGUGGUCCUUAGGCUGCAUACUGGUGGAGAUGCACACUGGAGAACCAUUGUUUGCGGGGUCAAACGAGUAUGACCAGAUGAUGAAGAUUGUGGAGGUUCUGGGAAUGCCCCCAAAGCACAUCCUAGACCAGGUGCCAGUCAAAGCCAGGAAGUACUUUGAACAGUUACCAGAUGGAACUUAUGUCUGUAAAAAACCAAAGGAUGGCAAAAAGUACAAGGCUCCUGGCACGAGGAAGCUUCAUGACGUGAUUGGUGCUGAGACGGGCGGGCCGGGUGGACGUAGGGCGGGAGAACCUGGCCAUUCAGUCGCCGACUAUCUUAAGUUCAAAGAUCUCAUAUUCCGAAUGUUAGAGUUUGACCCCAAAGUUCGCAUUACACCGUAUUAUGCUUUACAACACAACUUUUUCAAAAAGACUACUGAUGAAAGUACAAAUACGCCAAAUAGUGCAUCUAACUCGCCCGCCAUAGAGCAGCAAGGGGUAGCCUCUCCGUCAGUUGGUGCUUCCUCUAGUGGUCGAGCGCGCUCAGAUCCCACACACCAGCAUCACUCACACCUCCAUGUGCACUCACACUCCGCCCACCAUGGAGGGGGGACCCAGUACCCCACAAUGGAGUGUGAGAGUCCUGGUGGGAGUCAAGUGGGAAGCACAGCAGGAGGGACUCGGUCUCAGUACCCACAACAAUCCUGGCCUCCAGAGGCCGGUCAAGGACAAUCAUCUGGUCACCAUGGCAACAGUGCCACCUCUUCUCAUGUACACAUGUCUGGCCAUAGACACCAUUCCUCUCACCCUCACCACCACCACGCGGUGACCGCCCAGUCUCCUCCGUCAAUGAAUGCCUCGGUGCCACCUAAUCUUGUGGGGCCCCCUCAGAGUGUUUUACUGAGUGGGCCCGUGUCCUCAGAACAGGUUGUGUAUGGGACAAGGACGGGUUUCCCUGCCUCUGGCAUGUCUGUAGAUAUGGUGCAGGCAGGGCACCACUCACAUGCCAAUAUAGACCCUUCAAUGAAUAUGCAAUUACAGGGCUAUCCCCAACAGUAUGGUCAAUACACUCAACAGAGCUGGCCUGGUGCAGGCUUUCCGUUUACAUUGACGUCUAGCAGUGGGGGAACAGAACCCACUCCUGGACACGCUAGGACAGUGACAGAGCGUUCAGACGAUUCACCCAUGGUCGGUGUAAUUGUACAGCAAAGUCCAGUAGUGAUUCAUUGAUGCUAGUGAUUCUGUGUUGUUUUCAUUUCUGAGUUCUGUUCUUCGAUGGGCCUCAUUCAUGGUGGCAUUAUAAAGAGGAUACAUUUCACAAGUCACAGAUUCCAAUAAAACAAGUGAUCGAGACAGAACUACAAAACCCCAUUGUAGUUCGCUUCCCGAUGGAAGUCAUGACGACGGUCCGUAGAGUCACAGACGGAGGUCCGAGGGUGGAAUGCCUCACGAUCAGACACAAUAGGGCUGUGUUUUCCGGGUUCAAUGAGCUUAAAAUGCAAUUUUAUUUGGCUAAAGCAUUCAUAUCAGUCUCAAACUGUUCAGAUUAGUAAUAUUUAGUGGUCAGUUCCCUGUCAAGUUUUGCUGUGUGCAUAGAAAGGUUUUGUUCAUAAUGUAACUCGAGAUUUUUUGUUAGAUUUGUAAUUUUGAAGACUGAAACAGCUGGUAUUUGUUAUUAAAGAAUGUAUAAUAAUAAUUUGCAAAUUUCAAAAUUUUCAAAAAAUGUUGUGAAAUUCUAUUUCAUUAAUGCAAUGUUAAUAUUAUUGUUAAACAAGAACUGUAUCUUGAAUUAUAAAAGAAAAAAAACAUUGAAAAAAUAUUUAAUUGACAUAAAAAUAUUAUUUUGACAGAUAGUGUUAUUUCUGUUUUAAAUGACAGUAACUUUGGUGGUGACAUGUUGUUAACUGGUCCUCUUGUAUGGGAGCACCAGUAUAUGUUGGGUACUGACUUUUUAUACUAGUCAUAUGAGACUUAGAGAGGUGUUACACGCAGACUGCUGCUGAUUGUUUAAUUAAAACACGUGAUGUUUUGACAAAUUGUAAAUACUUCUAUUGUACAGCCAAGUCAUUUGUUUAUAAUUAGAAAUAAGGGAAAUGUGUAACAUUUCUGUGUUUUAAGAGAGAGAUUUUUUGAAUGGUUAUACUGCAAAACCUGCUCUUUUUUUCUCCACUGUCAUCCAGGUCUUUUCUGAUAAAAUAAUGCCACUGUAUCACUGUAUUCCAUAACUGUGUCACUUGAAGGCCCUUGUCCAGAUACUGACCAAUUGUUUACUGAGUGUAGAGCUCAGAUUUUACCAGGUAUUUAUCAUGUCUGUCAAAGACAACAAGUGGUGAUAUGAAACUAUUAAAGUUAAAAUGCAUUUACAUGUAUAUAAUUUUAAAACAAGAGGGAAAUACUAAAGAUGAUUAAUUCAUAAGCUUUCAAGUAUGAAAUGAUAGUGGCCUAUGGAGGUAGGGGCAGAUAAGUAAGCAUUACUUGCAUUCAGCAAUGGGAUUUGUAAUAUUUUUGAUCAGACACAGACUUGAGCAUUUAUAAACUUGAUAAAAGUAAGUUUGAGCUGAUGCAGUGAUUCCAUGUUUUAGAGUAUAAGUGGAACAUGAUAAAAGUAUUUAUUCUGAGAAUGAACAUAUUAAAAGUGAAAUGUCAGUGUUGUCAGAGUUUUAAUAUUUCUUUUACUGGCUAUUUUUACAAUGAUUGUGAUGGUCCAAAAGGUUUUAUUGUACUUCAUUGGAUUUCUGUCUUGCAUAAUCAGAUUUUUACUGAAAACAAGGUUAAUUUUUUUAAAGGAAUUUUUAUUUGGCAACAUAUAUUAAAAUCAUUGUCUGGUGUGAAUUCUUAUGAAAUGAUUUUUUAAAAAUUUUGAGAGAGAGAUGGGGAGAGAGAGAGAAUCAAUUAUGAUACAGUUGUUAUGUUUUAAGUUCAGAAUAUGAUGGGGGGAAAUUUGGAUUGCUAUUUGUAUUAAAGAAUGGUCAGAGCAUUUUUAGCUCUUGUCAAAAAUUAAAUAUCUUGUUUUCAUUUAAAGAAGCAUGAAAUGCCAAAAACAGGAUAUAACUACAUGAACAAAAUAUAUAUAUAAAUAAAAAGUUUCAUUAAAUUGUCAUUAUUAUAUA